AAAUCUAUAAGGAGGCCACGACGACAGGCUUGUGACGCACGAGCUUACGCGGCAGCAUAAAAAAUCCAGUUUGGGCCAUCCCAAUAUAGAGGCCCGUCCUCGCGCCGUAUUUGCUUUAGAAAGCCUGGCCCACGCGUUCACAAGUAUAAAUAACAAAUCGUAUUUCUUUCGCACCCGCUCCAAAUCCUGGUUUCUGUACUGGAUUUCUUCUUCCCAGCUACACUCGGACUCGAAAAUGAAAAGCAAUGGGACUAAAAUGCCCUCGCAUUCCGGCGGUUUACCCAAGGAGCAGGAGCACGCUAUCAUUGUCUCCGCCCUGAAACGGGUAAUCCGCGGUGGCGUUGGCACAAACAAUGCACCCUCCCAGCCACCGCCGCCGCCGACGCAGCUCCCAGAAACGGGUGGCACCGAUCAAGUUGUGAUACCAUUUUCGGAUUGUGAUGACACGUGUCAGGUAUGUAAUAUGGAGAUGGAUCAUUGCCUUGGCUGUGGUAUGUUCCCGCCAAGCGAGCAAGACAAAGGUAAAAAGGUGAAGACGAGCAAGUACAGGGGAGUGCGGCAGAGACCAGGAGGAAAAUGGGCGGCGGAGAUUCGGGACCCGCGUCGCGCGGUUCGGGUUUGGCUCGGGACUUUCCAGAAGGAGGAGGAGGCAGCCAGGGCUUAUGACACGGCGGCCCUGGAGUUUCGCGGAGCUGACAGAGCCAAGCUAAACUUCCCGCCAUCCUGGGACACUGGUACUACCAGUGGAGCAAUGGCUGAUGAGACCAAAGUCCAAACAAGUCCAGUCGGAGAGAGCAGCGCUGCUGAGGAAGAAGAAGAGGAAGAGAUGGAUCCGUGAUCCGGCUCAUCUGGGACAUAUGCUUAAAGUUGAGACGGACGAAGAAGAUGGGGACCAAGUGACGAUUGUGUUGGCGAAUAAUGUUGACGACCUGGUACU